UGGGAGACUCUCAGCCUCAGUCCAGCUGGCUCUCCCAGCUCUGUUCUUCAAAUCGUGCAGACGAGCGCUGUGUUCAAAAAAAUGGACGUGUUUGACGUUCCAGCCAACCGACAGAAAGGAUGGUACCUUUCUCUGAUGGCGCCCAACACAAAGGGACCCACAUUCGCUUGGCUAGACCCGUCAAGACUUUACUGUAACCCCCAGGCUCUUGCAGACUGUGUGAAAGACCUCCUUAGUCCAUUUGACAGCGACACCAUUGACCUGGUUGCUGCGAUUGAUGCAAUGGGAUUUAUUCUUGGGGCGUCUGUUGCCAGCACUCUUGGAAAAGGCUUCCUGGCUAUUCGUAAAGCGGGUCAUCUAUGUGUGGCCACCCAGAGCCAGAACUACACAGACUACACAGGCAGAGAAAAGACCAUGGAAGUUAGAGUGGAUGUACUAAAGCCAGGUGUGAGGGUUUUGUUGGUGGAUCAGUGGAUAGAGACUGGAGGUACCAUGAAAGCUGCCAUCCAGCUGGUGGAGAGGCUGGGAGCCACAGUUGUAGGCGUGGCAGCAGUCGCCAUCGAAAACACGGAAGGAGGACAUUGGAUCAAGGAAAACUACAAGUUCUCCCACUGCAUUCCUGAAGAGCUGCAGGGCCAAAUCGACCAGAAAUAUCUGAACUCCUUCAAAAGCUUUGACCAGUAGAGCCUCAAUUUCUGGCCUCUAGUUGACUCAAAUGGACACAGAGUUGGUUAGCACAAAAAUAUUAGAUAAAAUGAACUCUAAUUAGAAUAAGUAAAGUUUGAAUGUUUUUAAUAACUACCAGUUUGUUACAAUUCACUUUUUUCUCCUCUUGGACAAAAGAAAUAUAUUUCAGAGGCAGUAAAUGGUAAACAUUAACAUCCUCAAACACAUUGACAAACAGAAUAUUCAGUCUGGCUUGAUUGCAUAUAAAAGGUUUAGGAACAAAGUGUCUCAGUUUGAGUCUUUACAUAAAUAUGAACACUAAAAAAAAGACUACUUAUUGUUUUCUUGUAUUUUCAUGCUACCUGUAGAAAUAUUUGGGUUAAAAUACUGCCACCGUUACCUCCCUAAAAGAAAAACUUUCAGAAUACAUAUGAAGAAAAAUACUGACUAUAAAACACAAUAAAACGAUUCAAGCUAAGCUCUCA